GGUUGGCACUGACACAGGUUUAAAAACGAAUUCGACAUUAAUGAUAAGUUGAUCCAUAAUUGGUUAGUUAAUAAAAUAUAAGAGAAUGAUUCAAUGCUGCGUUAAAAACUGUGACACGGACGAGAAUGUUGUCAACUGCACUUCUGUUUUCUUUGUCAGCUUUCCAUCCGAUAUGACUUUCCGUAUCGAAUGGAUGAACAUUCUUACCGCCAACGAUGCUUUACUAAAUGAUACGGAAGUAACUAUCAACACUAGAAUCUGCAGUUGCCACUUCGCGGACAAUGCAUUCGGGAAGCAUCCCAUCCACGGCUACCGCUUCCUGCUUCCAACAGCGAUUCCCUCUAUAUUUCCGCUUCCAGUUGCGUCAGGUCCUAUACUGCCGGGUUCCUUGGAUAAUCCUGAUCCAGAUGCUUUGCUGCAUAGUUUUGCCAGUACAAAUGAUUUGGUGGAUGAUGAAAGCAAUUUGGCUGCGACCUCUGGAUUAGGGAUCUUUCCGAAUGAUGACGGGUCGGAUGUUGCUGGAUUCGAUCCUGUGCCGACCGAUGUUUUGCUGGGUACUGCGGAGAUCGUUAAGGCGAAUAAACCACCGAAAGAAAUUGGGAUUCAGUACGCCGAUGGAAAGUAUUAUUUCCUUCAGUCGGAAGAUGAAUCCGAAGAUGAUCUAAUCGAGCAAAGCAGCACUCUAGGAGGUGAAUCGGUGAAGCUACCGUUGCUGCAAAAUGAAACUCAUGAAGAAGAUGAUAAUUCAUCGCAAGACGCGGAAGGGGAAGCUGAUGAUGCGCCUUUUGAAAAUCAGUUCGAAAUGGUCUUGUCGGGUGAUUUCGAUCUCAAGCAAGAAGUGGAAGAGAUGCAACAAGACGAGGAGGACUGUGAUGCACUGUUUGUGGAGGAAGCACCGACGGAAGUGGGGACAGAUAGUUUGAUCGAGGAGGCUAGUAUGACAAAUGCAUCGGAAGUUGUGGAAGCCAUUAGUCCGGAGUGCAUAUUGGACGAGCCGUUGGUUGGCGAUACCAGUCCUGAAGUAUUGGAAGCAGAAGACGACGAGUCGAUUAUUGAGAACGACAUCGUAACGACGUACGGGCCGAUCGAAAUGCUGGAUGAAUCAGUUGCGACAAGUAGAAAGGAUAAAAGGGUUGACAAACAUUUUUGCACCUACUGUAACAAAGGUUUUCAAUACGAGAGUGCUCUCAAGAAACAUCUGCUGGUUCAUACUGGAUUGAAACCUCAUGUUUGUUCAGAUUGCGGUAAAAGUUUCUCUCAAAAAAUCAAUCUAUCGGUACAUCGGCGGAUGCAUACCGGAGAGGUAGCUGUUAAAAAGUACAGUUGUUCCGUGUGUAAUAAGAAAUGCAUCCGAUUGAGUGAGUUGAAGACGCAUAUGAAAUCCCAUUGGAAGAAACUGCCUCAUGUUUGCACACUGUGUACGGAACGCUUUGCGGAUAUUACGAAUUAUUAUGAUCACCUGAAAUCCGAGCACAAGACCGAAAUAACCACCCAGGAAAGCAUCGACAUGAUAGCGCAGAACGAAAAUGCCGAACUGAUUGUGCAAGGCGACGAUGAAACGCUAACGGAUGAAGAUGGAAUGUUCCGCUGCACGGUGUGCCUCAAACCGUUCAAAACCGAAAAGCUGCUAAAAAAGCAUAAACGGAAACUGCAUCCCAAGGUGUUCGUCUGCGCUAGCUGCCCGAAGCAGUUUCUGUACAAAAGUUUGCUGGACAAACAUGCACGUGUGCAUACGCAGGAGAAACCAUUCAAGUGUUCGCAUUGCGACAUGUCUUUCUCGCAAAAGGUCAACCUGGAGGUACAUUUAGGCAAGAAGCACAAUGUCCAUGUGAGGAGCGCUCAACCAAAAUUGUUCAUCUGUGAGUACUGUACCAAGUCCUUCGAUCGGCCAUCGACGUUACAAAUCCACGUUCGAACGCAUACCAAGGAACGCCCGUUCUGCUGUAGAGACUGUCCGAAAUCGUUCACAUCCAACAGUGCUUUGGCAACGCACAUUAAAGCGAACCAUCGGGGAGAGUCACUUUUACUACACCGACAUUCUGCAGCAAACGAUAGUGUGAUACUCGAGGAACAAAGCGCUACAUCCGAAAUCACGGAGGAGGAUGAUGAUGAUGAUGAUGUUAAAUUUGUUCAAUAUUCGAUACAGUUUGUCGAUAAUGGUGAAAAAGAACAAACAUAGAUUUAUGUAAAUUUUACUUUAUUAAGAAAAUAUAUAAUAUAUAUAACAACAAA